CACACACACACGCACGCACACAGACACAGUGCCGCUGCUGAUACACUGUCCAGCCACUUGGAAAAUUCCCUCAACGCGGAGGAUAUUGUACUGCUGAGCAGCGGGGCUGUCGGCUAAUGUGCAUCUUCUCAGGGCUGACUUGCUCGAAAUGCCCCAGUAGAGGAUCUGAAGCUGUGAAGAUCAGCAGACAUCCAAGGCUGCGUUUUCUUCAGCAAUAAGGUGUAGCUGCAGCCCCCACCCACACCGCCUGCCAAGAUGGUGGUGCUGUCGCUGAAAAUCUGCGUUCGCCAGUGCAAUGUUGUGAAGACAAUGCAGUUUGAGCCCUCCACAGCUGUCUAUGACGCCUGUAGAAUAAUCAGAGAGAGGGUCCCUGAGGCUCAAACUGGACAGGCUUCAGACUAUGGUCUGUUUCUGUCUGAUGAAGACCCCAGGAAAGGCAUCUGGCUGGAGUCUGGAAGGACACUGGACUACUACAUGCUUCGCAAUGGGGACAUCCUUGAAUACAAGAAGAAGCAGAAGCCCCAGAAAAUAAAAAUGUUGGACGGGGCCGUUAAAACCAUCAUGGUGGACGACUCCAAAACAGUGGGAGAGCUGCUUGUGACUAUAUGCAGUAGAAUAGGCAUCACAAACUAUGAAGAAUACUCUCUGAUCCAGGAGACGGUGGAGGAGAAGAAGGAGGAUGGGAUGGGCACGCUGAAGAAAGACAGGACGCUGCUGCGAGAUGAGAGAAAAAUGGAGAAGCUGAAAGCCAAACUACACACAGACGAUGACUUGAACUGGCUGGACCACAGCAGAACGUUCCGAGAGCAGGGCGUGGACGAGAACGAGACCCUUCUGCUCAGACGCAAGUUCUUCUACUCCGACCAGAACGUGGACUCCCGAGACCCUGUCCAACUCAAUCUGCUUUAUGUGCAGGCUCGAGAUGACAUCCUAAACGGUUCUCACCCCGUAUCGUUUGACAAGGCGUGCGAGUUCGGAGGUAUUCAGGCCCAGAUCCAGUUUGGACCUCACAUAGAGCACAAACACAAACCUGGAUUCUUAGACCUGAAGGAGUUUCUACCCAAAGAAUACAUUAAGCAGAGAGGAGCUGAGAAGAAGAUAUUCCAGGAACACAAAAAUUGUGGAGAAAUGACGGAGAUCGAAGCAAAAGUGAAAUAUGUCAAACUGGCACGGUCUCUGCGGACAUAUGGCGUCUCCUUCUUCCUGGUCAAGGAAAAGAUGAAGAGUAAGAACAAGCUGGUGCCGCGGCUCCUGGGGAUCACCAAAGAGUCUGUGCUGAGGGUGGAGGAGAAGACCAAAGAUGUUGUUCAGGAGUGGCCACUUACCACUGUGAAGAGGUGGGCAGCGUCACCCAAGAGCUUCACCCUGGACUUUGGGGAGUACCAGGAGAGUUAUUACUCAGUGCAGACCACUGAAGGGGAACAGAUCUCUCAGCUCAUUGCCGGUUACAUCGACAUCAUCCUCAAAAAGAAGCAAAGCAAGGACCGCUUUGGAUUAGAAGGUGAUGAGGAGUCAACCAUGCUUGAGGAAUCCGUAUCCCCGAAAAAGUCCACCAUCCUUCAGCAGCAGUUUAAUCGUGUGGGUCGGGUGGAGCAUGGCUCUGUGGCGCUGCCAGGGGUGAUACGCUCUGGCUCCAUUGGCACAGAGUCACUCAGCAUGGGCACCAUGCCAUCUGCUCAACAGCAGAUCACAAUGGGUCAGAUGCACCGUGGACACAUGCCACCGCUUAGUUCAGCCCAGCAGGCUCUGAUGGGAACCAUCAACACCAGUAUGCAAGCUGUGCAGAAGGCCCAGAUUGACCUAGGGGAGGUUGACAACCUGCCACCACUGGGACAGGACAUGGCAUCCAAGGUGUGGAUCCAGAACAAAAUGGAUGAGUCAAAACAUGAGAUUCACUCCCAGGUCGACGCUAUCACUGCCGGAACAGCCUCUGUUGUCAACCUCACAGCUGGCGAUCCGACUGACACAGACUACACCGCCGUGGGCUGCGCCAUCACAACCAUCUCCUCCAACCUGACAGAAAUGUCAAAGGGCGUGAAGCUGCUAGCUGCUCUGAUGGAGGAUGACGUUGGCGGAGGUAAUGACCUGAUGAGGGCCGCCAGGACACUAGCAGGGGCCGUGUCUGACCUGCUGAAGGCUGUGGAGCCAGCUUCUGGAGAGCCCAGACAGACUGUGCUGACAGCAGCAGGCAGCAUCGGCCAGGCCAGUGGAGACCUCCUGCGCCAGAUUGGAGAGAGCGAGGCAGACGAAAGGUUCCAGGACAUCCUGAUGAAUCUGGCCAAAGCAGUGGCCAACGCUGCAGCCAUGUUGGUGCUGAAGGCCAAGAACGUGGCCCAGGUUGCUGAGGACACCGUGCUUCAGAACCGGGUCAUUGCUGCUGCCACCCAGUGUGCCCUGUCCACCUCCCAGCUGGUGGCAUGUGCCAAGGUGGUGAGUCCCACCAUCAGUUCACCGGUUUGCCAGGAGCAGUUGAUCGAAGCUGGAAAGCUGGUGGACCGCUCGGUGGAAAGCUGCGUCCAGGCCUGCCUCUCAGCCACAGAAGAUGGCGAGCUCCUCAAACAGGUGAGCGCAGCAGCCAGCGUGGUGAGUCAGGCUCUGGGAGAUCUCCUGCAGCAUGUUCGACAGUACACCUCAAGGGGAGAGCCUAUCGGGCGCUAUGACCAGGCCACAGACACCAUCAUGACCGUCACUGAGAAUAUCUUCAGCUCCAUGGGAGACGCAGGAGAGAUGGUUCGUCAGGCUCGGGUGCUGGCUCAGGCCACCUCGGACCUGGUGAAUGCCAUGAGGUCUGACGCUGAGGCCGAGGUGGAUGUUGACAACUCUAAGAAGUUGCUGGCCGCUGCCAAAUUGCUGGCUGAUGCUACGGCAAGGAUGGUGGAGGCAGCAAAGGGCGCGGCAGCAUACCCAGAGAACGAGGACCAGCAGCAAAGACUGAGGGAGGCUGCGGAGGGGCUACGUGUGGCCACCAAUGCUGCUGCUCAGAAUGCCAUUAAGAAGAAACUGAUUAACAGACUGGAGAAUGCUGCCAAGCAAGCUGCUGCUGCGGCCACACAGACCAUCGCUGCUGCUCAAAAUGCUGCCGCCUCCAACAAGAACACUGCCGUUCACCAGCAGCUGGUGCAGAGCUGUAAGGCAGUGGCAGACCACAUCCCACAACUUGUCCAGGGGGUGCGUGGCAGUCAGGCCAAACCAGAGGAUCUCAGUGCACAAUUAGCACUCAUCAUUGCCAGCCAGAACUUCUUACAGCCUGGUGGUAAGAUGGUGACCUCGGCCAAGUCCUCUGUUCCCACGGUGACGGAUCAGGCUGCAGCCAUGCAACUGGGUCAGUGUGCCAAGAACCUGGCCACCUGCCUGGCUGAGCUGAGGACGUCUGCACAGAAGGCCCAUGAAGCCUGCGGCCCCAUGGAGAUCGACUCUGCGCUCACUGCCAUCCAGACCCUGAGAAGUGAGCUGCAAGAUGCUAUGCUGGCUGCUGUUAAUGACCAACUGACACCACUACCCGGAGAAUCGUUGGAGAAGUGUGCUCAGGAUCUGGGCAGCACCUCAAAGUCAGUGGGAUCCUCCAUGGCUCAGCUGCUCACCUGUGCUGCACAAGGAAAUGAACACUACACAGGAAUAGCAGCAAGGGAGACGGCUCAGGCCCUGAGAACACUGGCCCAGGCGGCCCGCGGCGUCGCUGCCUCCACCACAGACCCCAAGGCUGCUGCGGCCAUGCUGGACUCGGCUCGUGACGUUAUGGAGGGCUCGGCGCUUCUCAUUCAUGAGGCCAAGCAGGCACUGAUUUCCCCCGGAGACGCUGAGAGUCAGCAGAGGCUGGCGCAGGUGGCCAAGGCUGUGUCUCAUUCCCUGAAUAGCUGUGUCAACUGUCUGCCUGGCCAGAAGGAUGUGGACAUGGCUCUCAAAAGCAUCGGGGAGGCCAGCAAGAAGCUGCUGAUUGAAACGAUCCCUCCAGCCUCCAAGUCCUUUCAGGAGGCCCAGAGCGAGCUGAACCAAACGGCAGCAGACCUGAACCAGUCAGCAGGCGAGGUGGUCCAUGCGUCCAGAGGCUCCAGCCGCCAGCUAGCGUUUGCCUCUGGAAAGUUCAGCGAAGACUUUGAUGAGUUCCUGGAUGCCGGUAUAGAGAUGGCCGGGCACACUCAGAAAAAGGACGACCAGGUGCAGGUGAUUGGUAACCUGAAGAACAUCUCCAUGGCUUCCAGCAAGCUGCUGCUGGCAGCUAAGAGUCUGUCUGUAGACCCUGCAGCAGCAAAUGCCAAGAACCUGCUAGCUGCUGCUGCAAGAUCAGUGACUGACAGCAUUAACCAGCUGAUCACGCUGUGUACACAGCAGGCUCCUGGCCAGAAUGAGUGUGACAACGCCCUGAGAGAACUGGAGGCUGUCAGAGGAAUGCUGGACAAUCCCAGCGAGCCGGUCAGCGACCUCUCCUACUUCGACUGCAUUGAGAGUGUGAUGGAGAACUCCAAGGUCCUGGGAGAGUCUAUGGCAGGUAUUUCUCAAAACUGCAAGACUGGAGAUGUGCCGGCAUUUGGAGACUGUGUAGGAUCAGCCUCAAAAGCCCUGUGUGGCCUCACUGAAGCUGCGGGACAGGCCUCCUUCCUGGUGGGUGUGUCCGAUCCCAACAGUCAGGCAGGGCACCAGGGGUUGGUGGAUCCCAUCCAGUUUGCCAAAGCCAACCAGGCAAUCCAGAUGGCCUGUCAGAAUCUUGUAGACCCAGACAGUAGUCCCUCCCAGGUGCUCUCUGCAGCCACCAUUGUCGCUAAGCACACCUCGGCACUGUGCAACGCCUGCCGUCUGGCUUCCUCCAGGACAACCAACCCAGUUGCCAAGAGGCACUUUGUCCAGUCUGCCAAGGAGGUGGCCAACAGCACUGCCAACUUGGUCAAAACCAUCAAGGCUUUAGAUGGUGAUUUCUCGGAUGAAAACAGGAGCAAGUGUCGAGUCGCCACGGCUCCCCUAAUCGAGGCUGUUGAAAACCUGACAACAUUUGCUUCCAACCCAGAGUUUGCCAGCAUCCCAGCUAAAAUCAGCAAUGAGGGCUUUGCGGCACAGGAGCCCAUCCUCCAAUCAGCACGCUCCAUGCUUGACAGCUCCACCUACUUGCUCAAGACUGCACGCUCAUUGGUUAUCAAUCCCAAAGACCCGCCCACCUGGUCUGUUCUGGCUGGUCACUCUCGCACUGUGUCCGACUCCAUCAAGAGUCUCAUCACGGCCAUCCGGGACAAGGCCCCAGGCCAGCGGGAGUGCGACUCAUCAAUUGAUAACAUCAACAAAUGUAUCCGGGACCUUGAGCAGGCCUCUCUGGCAGCAGUCAGCCAGAACUUAGCCAGCAGGGACGAUAUCUCACUGGAGGCGCUACAAGAGCAGCUGACGUCUACUGUGCAGGAAAUUGGGCACUUAAUUGACCCCGUUUCCACCGCUGCCAGAGGCGAAGCUUCCCAACUAGGACAUAAGGUGACCCAGUUGGCCCGUUACUUUGAACCGCUGAUCAAGGCCUCUGUGGGUGUAACAUCCAAGCUGAGGGAUCACCAGCAACAGAUGACUUUCAUGGACCAAACUAAGACCCUGGCUGAGUCUGCCCUGCAGAUGCUAUACGCUGCCAAGGAGGGUGGAGGAAACCCAAAGGCAUCCCAUACCCAUGAUGCCAUAGCAGAGGCAGACCAGCUCAUGAAGGAAGCGGUUGAUGAUAUCAUGCUGACACUGAAUGAGGCUGCGAGUGAAGUGGGAAUGGUGGGAGGAAUGGUGGAGUCCAUCGCAGAGGCCAUGGCCAAGCUGGAUGAAGGUACACCGCCUCAACCUGAGGGCUCAUUUGUAGAUUACCAGACCAGUAUGGUGAAACACUCUAAGGCUAUUGCUGUCACUGCUCAGGAAAUGAUGACCAAAUCAGUGACAUGUCCAGACGAGCUGGGAGGCCUGGCCUCUCAGGUCACUGUGGACUACAGCCAGCUGGCCGUUCAGGGACGACUGGCUGCUUACACAGCUGAGCCAGAAGAGAUCGGUUUCCAGAUUAAGACCCGAGUGCAGGAGCUCGGACAUGGCUGCAUCUUCCUGGUCCAGAAGGCUGGAGCUCUGCAGAUCACUCCCUCUGAUGGCUUCACCAAACGAGAGCUCAUUGAAUGUGCCCGUGCAGUCACAGAGAAGGUGUCCUUGGUGCUCUCGGCCCUCCAGGCAGGCAACAAGGGCACUCAGGCCUGCAUCACAGCAGCCAGCGCAGUGUCUGGCAUUAUCGCCGAUCUGGACACCACCAUCAUGUUUGCCUCCGCCGGCACACUCAAUGCAGAGAAUGACGAGUCCUUCGCUGACCACAGGGAAAACAUUUUGAAGACUGCCAAAGCUCUGGUGGAGGACACAAAGAUGCUGGUGUCCGGUGCGGCUUCCGGUCAGGACAGGUUGGCUCAGGCUGCCCAGUCUUCUGCCAAAACCAUUACCCAGCUCACAGAUGUGGUCAAACUGGGAGCUGCCAGUAUUGGAUCUGAUGACCCCGAGACACAGGUGGUUCUGAUAAAUGCUAUCAAAGAUGUGGCCAAGGCGCUGGCUGAGCUCAUUAGUGCCACCAAGUGUGCCGCUGGCAAGGCAGCAGACGAUCCGUCUAUGUACCAGCUGAAGAGCGCUGCCAAGGUGAUGGUUACCAACGUGACUUCCCUGCUGAAGACGGUCAAGGCUGUAGAGGACGAGGCCACUCGGGGCACCAGAGCACUGGAGGCCACCAUCGAGUGUAUCAAACAGGAAUUGGCGGUGUUUCAAUCCAGGGAUGCUCCCAACAAGACGACCACGCCCGAGGAGUUCAUUCGCAUGACUAAGGGCAUCACCAUGGCAACUGCUAAAGCAGUGGCUGCGGGGAACUCAGCCCGGCAAGAGGACAUCAUCCAUACAGCCAACCUCAGUCGCAAGGCUAUUUCAGACAUGCUCACCACCUGCAAGCAAGCGGCCUAUCAUCCAGAAGUUAGUGAGGAGGUGAAGAACAGAGCGCUGAUGUUCGGAUCAGAGUGUACAACUGGAUACAUCGAUCUACUGGAACAAGUUCUAUUGGUCCUGCAGAAGCCCACUGCAGAUCAGAAGCAACAUCUGGCGGCUCGCUCCAAACGUGUGGCAGGAGCUGUCACAGAGCUCAUCCAGACCGCUGAGGCCAUGAAAGGUAAGAGCUCAUACACACUCACAUACUUCUCACGCUGACUCCUUUUACGGUGUCAUAUGUGAUAAACUCAAAUAAUCUAACAAUAACUUUUAUUUCUUUACUAAUGAAGCUUCCAACAAAAUCUGGCAUUGUUUAUAAUCCCCCAGUAGGAGGCUA